AUGUCUUCUGGUGGAAGAAGGCAUAAAAAUUGCUUGCCUUCUCCGAAAGAAGGCAUCCACUGCCAUUUGCCUUCUGCAUUCCGUUCUCAGAUACGUACCGAGCAUGAGGAUAAGGAGAAGAAGGUUAUGGGGAAAAAAGAGGAAAAGCAUAAAGCCUCCAAAACUGCGACUCAUCCUCCUUACUUUCAUAUGAUCAAGGAGGCUCUGGACGAAAAGGACGGCUCGAGCCCAUACGCGAUCGCGAAGCACACGGAGAAGAAACACAAGGACAAACUGCCAGCGAAUUUCCGGAAGAUUGUGGACUUGUUUGGAAUGUAA